ACGACGUACAUUCGGUAAUUCCACGGCCGUACGAGUAGUUACGUUACAAGCGGACGAGUAUCCCAAUACGUCAGAAGUCAAUCUCCUUCCCCACUCAUUACAGGCCCUCGUGGGUCGCAGCUGCCUUGAGCUUCACGUGGUGAGACCAACUCUGACAUUAUUCAGCAAUAUUUUUGGUACCUUUCGACAGUCGUUUGCUGAGUAAAAGACUGAAGAACUUCAAAAAUGAUGGUACCAACAGAGAGAGCCCUUCACGAAGCCAUUCAGGUUGCCCCCCUGGAUCUCCCUGACGAUGUCAAACGACAAAAGAUUGAAAAUUUACUGGCACAAAUGAGACUGUCUGGUGCUACAGCAAGGAAGAUUCAAAAGGUAUUUUUGUCGGAAAUGAACAAAGGCAUUCAUCAGCAGGACUCAUCACUACAGAUGGAAAAUACGUACAUCCCUGAAUUGCCUGAUGGAACAGAGGAGGGAUUGUUUUUGGCCCUUGAUCUGGGAGGUACGAAUUUCCGUGUUCUGUUACUGGAGCUGGUUCACGGGGUAAUAGUACGAGAGGAUGUCAAGAAAUAUCACAUAGAUGCUCAUUUGAGAGUUGGAUCUGGAAUCCCGUUAUUUGAGUAUCUAGCCGAAUGUGUCAGUGAUUUCGUUAUCAGCGAGGGUCUCCAGGAUGUAGAGUUAGCCUUAGGUUUCACGUUCUCAUUUCCGAUGAUUCAGCAUUCAUUGGAUGUCGGUAUUCUUGUGACUUGGACUAAGAGUUUUAAUUGUCCUGAUGUCGUUGGCAAGGACUGUGUGGCAUUACUGGAGGAGGCACUCGAAAGACGUGGGGAUACUAGAGUCAAAGUUGUAGCUGUCUUGAACGAUACAACUGGAACUCUACUUCAGGGAGCCACUCAAGAUCCAGAAACUGCAAUAGGAUUAAUCCUUGGUACUGGAAGUAACGCCUGUUACCUCGAAAGAGCCGACAAAGUCGAGCACUGGGAACCUGAACGACAUGGAGAACGUGAGGUUAUUAUUGAUAUUGAAUGGGGUGCAUUUGGGGACAAUGGGGUUCUAGAUUUUAUAAAAACUGAUUUCGAUCGACAAAAUGACGCCAAUUCAUUGCUUGUCAGUUCGUUCACAUUCGAAAAAUAUAUCAGUGGAAAAUACUUAGGAGAAGUCGUCCGAUGUAUUUUGGUAAAGUUAUCAAAAGAUGGUUUGUUGUUUACGCGAGAAACUCCUGAAUCUCUACUCAUUCCUGGAAACUUCCUGACAGAUUACAUCUCUCUAAUUGAACAAGAUACUGUAGAUGGUGGUAGUACAAAUGCCAAAGAAGUUCUUAGCAAAUUUAACAUUAUACCUGACGAGGAUGAUCUCAAAAUCAUCCAAUACGUCUGUGAAGUAGCAUCAAAUCGUGCAGCUCUAUUAGUAUCGAUCUGUGUUGCCACUCUCCUAGACCAUAUGAAAAGAGAAGAAGUUACUAUCGCUGUCGAUGGCUCUUUAUAUAAGCACCAUCCAAGACUGCAGAGUUGGAUGAAGCAAUACAUCAGUUUAUUGACACCAGCUCGAAAGUUCAAACUUAUGCCUACGCAAGAUGGAAGUGGAAAAGGUGCUGCUAUUGUAGCAGCAAUUGCUCUGAGAUUGAAAAAACGACUGGAAUCAGCGAAAUGAGCCACAACAGAAUGGAAUACACUAAAAUUUUGAUCAUCCAGUCCAUCUGAUAAUAAAAUAAUUUACGGUUCCCUGUAACAUUCGAAUACUAUCACUUAUAGAACGAUUUAUUUAUUCCAAUCGAAAUUCGUUAACUACUACCAAAUAGUAGAGUUUAAUAUUAACAAAUGAAUAUUCGUUAAUAGCUAACGAAAUGCUCACGUGGAUGGUGAAUGUCAAGUCGAAUAAGAUUUAUCAAACAUACAUUUGUUAACUAUUAACGAAUGAAUAUUUGCUACGAACCAAGUAGAGUCUAAUCUACAACCAAAAUUCGUUCGUUUGUUAUAAAUAAUUAGUUCUAUCAAUAUACUGGGAUAGACCUCUGACAUGGGAUGGGUCUGUCUGGGAUAGUUACAAUGUGAUGAAAAACACUACGACAAAAACAACUGAGACGAAUUUAUUUUCAAGUAGUAUCGGUUUUAUCACCUUUUGGAUAUGUCGACUAUUUUCUCAGGUGUAUUGUUAGCUACCCGAGUUGACAAGCUUUAAUCCAGUUCAGAUACUGGAGAAAGCAUUCUAGUUAUUCAGAUUUUUUUGUUACGCUAAUAGCAUGCACAAAAUAUUUAGAAGUGAAGAACUGAUAUUAGUUUCUAUUGUAUAUAAAGUUUCUUUAGAAUCUUCUGGAAUUGAGUAACACAAAGGCUAUAUACAAUAAAAAAAGGUGAUAAUGAAGAAUUAAA